AUGGCGUCGCGUCUGGCGAGAAGUGCUGUCGGGGCUGCCCGCCUUCGGCCGACCAUCUCUCCGCGCACCCUCCCCGCAGUCUCGUCCCUCGUGACGGCGCGCAACCAGUCGACCCAGUCUAAUGUGCCCACCACGGACCCAAAGACCAAGGCACAGUCCAUCAUCGAUGCUCUUCCUGGUAGCAACCUGCUGUCUAAGACGGCCAUCCUCUCCUCCGCGGCCGGUCUGUCCAUCUAUGCGCUCAGCAACGAAUACUACGUCGUGAACGAGGAGACGGUCAUCGCCUUUUGCCUACUCAGCGUCUGGACUGGUCUCAUCAAGUAUGGCGGUCCUCUUUACAAGGAGUGGGCUGAGUCGCAGAACAACAAGAUUAAGAACAUCCUGAACGCUGCCCGUGCCGACCACACCCAGGCCGUCAAGAACCGCAUCGAGGACGUCAAGCAGAUGUCCGAGGUCGUCGAGAUCACCAAGUCCCUCUUCGAGGUGUCCAAGGAAACCGCCCGCCUAGAGGCUGAGGCCUAUGAGCUGGAACAGCGCACGGCGCUGGCCGCCGAGGCCAAGAACGUUCUGGAUUCGUGGGUUCGCUACGAGAGUCAGGUCAAGCAGCGCCAGCAGAAGGAGCUCGCCGAGGCUGUCAUUGCCAAGGUGAAGAAGGAGCUGGAGAACCCCAAGGCGCUGGACAAGAUUCUGCAGCAGAGCGUGGCGGAUGUUGAGAGGAUCUUUGCCUCUUCCAAGUCUCAAUAG